AGCGCAGACCUUGCUUCCUCCUAAGGAACAGAUAUCUGUCAACAUCUCACUUCAGCUGCAGACUUUUAAGGUGCAGACUUUUAAGGAAGGUAAACUCACCAGCCAGUGGUCAUGGAAGAUCAGACCGCUACUUACAUUAAUCAAAACGUUAACAAUGACAAUAUCUAUGAGAUGCCAGACUCUGAGGAAGACAAAGGGGAUCAUCUUUAUGAUCGUGUCCUGGAAGAUCCAGCUUCUCCAUCUUCCACCACUACUAUGCCAGAGAUGAUGGAUCUUAGCCAAGAGAGCAAUGAAGACAGCCGCAGCAGUUCCGUGGCUUCUCAGCACGGGCCUGAUGAGGAGAGUAGUUCUUCCUCUGAGCACAGUGCUGCAGAUGAGCACCUGUACCAGGACGUGGGUCAUAUGAGCCCAGCUCAGGAAGACAAACCCAUGACAUUUGAGAGCAGUGAGUUUUGCCCUCCCGGUUUCCACUUGCGUCGGAGCCAGAGCACUUCCACCUCCCCGACCUCCCUCAAGUUCCCACAUGGCAGUAACAUAGGAGAAAACAACAACUCUGAGGAAGAGUAUGAGAUUUUCAUGUUUGUAAAGGCGGGUAUCGAUGGAGAAAGCAUUGGGAACUGCCCGUUCUCCCAGCGUCUCUUCAUGAUCCUCUGGCUCAAAGGAGUUGUGUUCAACGUCACCACUGUUGACCUGAAAAGAAAACCAGCUGAUCUACACAACCUGGCUCCUGGAACUCACCCACCUUUCUUAACUUUCAAUGGAGAAGUCAAGACAGAUGUUAACAAGAUUGAGGAAUUCUUGGAAGAGACUCUUGCACCUCCAAAGUAUCCCAAGCUGGCUGCUAAGCACCGGGAAUCAAACACUGCUGGAAUUGAUAUCUUCUCCAAAUUUUCUGCUUACAUCAAAAAUACCAAGCAGCAGGACAAUGCUGCCACAUGCCAUUAUGUUUCAUACUUGGCACAGAAGCAGGUGAUAACCUUCUUGGCCCUUGAAAGAGGUCUGGUGAAGGCUCUGAAGAAGCUGGAUGACUAUCUGAGAACCCCUCUGCCGGAGGAGAUCGAUGCAAACAGCACUGAAGAGGAGAAGGUGUCCAAACGCAAGUUUCUGGAUGGAGAUGACCUCACCCUUGCUGACUGCAACCUUCUGCCCAAACUCCAUGUUGUCAAGAUUGUUGCAAAGAAAUACCGCAACUUCGAGUUCCCGACAGAGAUGACGGGGCUGUGGCGGUACCUGAAGAACGCGUACGCCAGGGAUGAGUUCACUAACACCUGUGCAGCAGACAAAGAAAUUGAGCAAGCCUAUGCGGAUGUGGCCAAGCGGCUCAGCAAGUCCUAACUGACCCCAGCAGUGGCUCGGCAUCCCUCGCAGAUUCCUGUUUUACAGACUCUUCUCCUUGUUGCCUUAAGAUAUACCUUAUCAUUAUGCUAUCUGGUUGGCAUCCCUAUGACUUCACCUGUUCAGGAGUAUUGGUCAGGGACAAACAUGCUUCUCCCUGGAGGAAGGAGAAGGCAGCUCUAGUGUAGAGGGUGGAGACCCUUUGAAAUCUGAACCUACGAUCUGACACAACUAGUAUUACUCAUAAUCAGUAUUGGAAAUGACUCCGCUGUAUUAGUUUCUUGUUUUGUGUUGGGGUAUAUCACCACCUGUUUUCUUUGGAGUUUUAACAGUAGGACGUUAGCUUAAAUUUCAAGCAAGUCAGCUAGGAACACGUAGAACUGCUUCUUCUUCUGGUUAUUUCCAGGAUGCUUCGUUUUCCCAUUGCUGUUGAAACCUGUGAGGAAGGAACAAAAUUUGAGAGAGAGGCAAAAGGAAAGAGUUUGACCCUAGAGGAGUGACGCUCUCAGCAGUUAUAUUUUUAAACUUCUCUGAAAGCAUUUUCUGUCUUAGAAGGCCCAAGAGUUCGUAGGACAUUUAUUUUUAACUUGGCACAAGAGGGGAAAGCCUAAGCAAAUAUGUCAGACUUGCAGAUGCUCCUUUGCAUAAAAUUUGCAUGAUGCUGCUGGAUCUGGAGGUGUAAAGCAAAAGAGAAUGGGCAGUUGAGCAGGAAGCCCUUGGAAGAGCAGUGCUAAUGCCGAAAUGCCCGGUGGGUCUGACAGUUGGAAGAGACAGCAAUAACGGGGCAAUACAUUGAGUCAAGCCCACAGCCAGAACAGGCACAACUAACCAAACCAUGCAGAACAUUGUCAUCUUGGCUGCGUGGCUGCCAGUUCCUUUCUGCUGCUAUCUUGGGAAGCGUGGCUAGGCGGGAGCAAGCUGGCGUGCAUUCGGUGGGGGAAGCCCUUUCCUUGCUUUGGGCUCCAGAUGGGUCGCCUUCAGGCGGCCAUCAUCCUGCCCAGGGAGCAGCGCGCUCUGAGAAGGGGACAUGCUGGGACAGAGAGACACAUUUCCAGCCCGAAAGCUGGCAAGCAGGCAAGGAGGAAGCCUGCGUGCUGCCUUAGUCCUGCUUCUCCAAGGUUCACCAGUCCAGGUUAAGCGAUUCAGGAUUGUUUUCUGAAACUGAUUAUUUCAUUCAAUCCGGAACAUCUGCCUGACACAAUUUGCUUUAAAGCAGUGAUUAUGUGCACAUUACUUUAGUAAAUCCAGAAUGACAGCUCUUUUGCAUAAAACUCACAUGUAUGAUGGUGAACAUGAAACGUUUCAGUUUGGGACUAUUUGAAGACAAAUGAAAGCUGAGCUCUUGGCUGGCAUGGCUCUCUUUGUGCUCAGGGCUGAGCCCUGACUGAGUGGAGCCCGGGGGCAGUGGGCUGUGGCUGGGGGAACCCUGGAGUGAACUGUCUGCAGCCUAAGAGCCAAGAGAUGGAUCUGUAGCCACCGCUGUGUGACAGUGAUGAAUGGGGUGGGAUUUUUCCCCUUUUCACGCUCGCCCAGCUGGGAGCAGGACACAGUUAGCUUGUUGUUGACUAUUGUUCUGCACGCAGUGAUCAGUUUGUUUUGAGCUUUCCAAAACCUCAGAACUCCCAGGCCUUCCCCUGGAAGGGGCUAUGUUAGCAGUGGCUGAAGUGGGGGGCAAAGGCUGCACGAAAUCAGCUGGCUCGGAGGGCGCUGAUAGCAGCCAGCAGAGCCUCAGGAGCUUAGCAGUGUCUGCACAGGCACAUGUGGCUCGUUAAAAAAAAAACAAAAACAAAAAAACCCACUUCUUCAUGGGUUUGGAAUUACUUGUGAUUUUAUUUUAUUUUUAAGUUUUAGAUUGAGACUAUUAUUUAUUUAUUUAUUCUGAUCCGCUCUGUCCUCUCUGCCCGCCUCUCACUUUUGGCUUGCGCUCAGCAUGCUGCUCAGGAUGGCGUUAGCAGCACCAUGUGAUCUCAUUUGUUAUGGAGAAGCCUGCUGUGUGAUGAACAGCCUCUGGGCUGGAUUUCGGCUGGCAGCACCCCUUGGCCAGGAGCAGCUUUUUGCAGUUGCUGUUGGCCAGGUUUGCAUGCAGUUGGUGGCGUGGUGGCAGUGCUCUUGGAAUGAAGGUGCAGAGGCAGAUGCAGCUCUUGUUCUGUGCUCACUGUGGUUAGAUCCUUACAGAAGGCAGCGCUCAACUGCAGCUGAGUGGGGUGAGUGAAGCAGUCAGGGUCUGCCCUGAUUUUGGCCAUCUCUGAGCCUUCAUUCCUGAAUCCCAUGCUUCUGAAAUGUUCUACCUGUCUGACUUCGGCUUUGCUAGAAGAGGGCCAAAUCACCAUCAUUUGGUCUCAGCACGCCUCAAGUUGCAUCUGUUUUAAAAAAAAUGAUGUUUAGGAAUGGGUGGGCUCAUAGCAAAAGGAAAAUGAGCUGUUGGUACAAUGAGAUUUAGUUAGGUGUCCUUAAAAUCCUUUCUGGAUUUGAUUAGAAAACUGAAAACCCCCAAGAUGCCUUCCUUUUAAUUACCAAUACAAAAUCAAAAUAUUUUCACUUUCUGAGCAACACUACAAAAAGAAAUAAAAAUCUGGGCAAAAUGUAUUGAUAGAUGUGAGAAAGAAUAAGAGGGAAGAAAUGAAACUGGUUUUCCAUCAGCUGCAGUGCCCAUUCUAGGGGAAUCCACGUCUUGCUCUGCAUCCUAACUGUGCAUUUUGUUCAUUGCUCUGUUAUAGGCUGAUCCAAGAUCAUGGACAGGUUCGAGCAUUGCCUGACCUUUGGGUUUGCAGGUUCAUGCUAUCAGGUCUAACUUCUGCUCACCUUUGUGCUCUUUGGCUUCAGCCAUACGCAGAAGCAGGAAACACUGGAAAUCCUACAUAGAAAAGUUUGAGUUUGAGCCCUACAUACUGAAUUUGAGCUCAGUACUCAUGACUCAGGAUCCAUCAGCAUCGAGGUUUUAAGGGGCUCCAGACUCCUUUAGACAGGGUAUUUUUGGUGACCUUCCAUUGUAUUUAGAAUUAUAAGUAAUAAAUAUUAAUCAUACAGGAUUGUGUGUCUACAUUGGCAAGGCAGCAUUUCUGAAAAGAAUCUAAGUGACAAGACAGACAUUGCAGAUUUACAAUAACUUUGUUCAUAAAUUUUUUGCAAGAUGUAAAGAAAGACAUAGUGCAGAGGGGGAAGAAGCCAACAAUGUGGAUUUAAUCAUCUACAUUUCAGAAAUGCAGACCAAAUGUCUGUAAAGAUGUCCAUUUCAUCCAAACAUUUCUUAGAUAUUUAUUUCAAAGCUCCCUGUUCAGUCAAUCCAACACUCCAUUCAUAUUGGAACUAAUAUUGAUUUCUCUUCUAUUACCAGCGAUACAGAAGUGUUAAAGGAUCCCGUAUACAAGUUACUCUUGUUUUUUGUUAGACUUUUUCAGUUGCCAAGAGGUCAUCUUGCUGUGCAGGUAAGACCAAAGGAGCAUCUGUUUCAGGACUGCUUAAAAGAAAGCUUCCGACAAACAUUUUUUUCCACCAGAAAGAAUCUUGUAAAGGUAUUUCUUUAUUGGGAAUGGUGUGGAAUAUUGAGCUAUGGGUUACAAGCUCUUCUCCUGUGUUUGCAUCAGCUGAAAACCACUGCCAGGGAGGAAUUAUGGUCUGUAUUGCAAAGAAGUUAGACAUCUUUGUUUCCUGCCGUGUUGUGCAGGGCAGUAAUUUUGAAUAUGUAUUUAUUCUAUUUUGACCCCAGACAGCUUUCCUCAUCCCUUGUCCCUGCAGAAGGCCAGCUCCAGGUUACCCAUAACCAUUCUUUCAUCCUUCUUUGCCAAUUCAGCAGAGUGCCCAUGGAUGGGCACACAGAGAAGAGCAUUUUAGGGCAACCGGUUCACCUGGUGGAAUGGCACCCAAAGGCCACCACUUCCAGCAGUGAUCCCACCACUGUCCCAGCAGUAAAAGCGAGAAGCAAAGAGAGUCCCCCUUUCUGAACUGACCACAUUUGGCUCACCGGCUGAGUUUGGGGUGUUGCUAAAUUGUAGGUGUUGGAAAUCUCACUCAUUUAAAACCCUAUGGGCACAUGGAAGCACGCACUUUGUAAAAUGAAUUGGCGUUUUAAACAGGGAAGUAAACCCAAAGCCCAUUGUCCUCCUUCACUUGUAUUCUUUUAGGCACUGGGAAGUUUGCAGUUGUUUAUUAUUCUGCUAGAUAUAUUCUUGAAUAGCUUUUCAUAUUAAGAAAUAUUUUCCAGUAAGAUUUUUGCCUUUCUACUCAAUCUUUCAUCCCUUCAUUAAUUUUGAUGUCUGCGAUGACCAAAUGAUUCCAGAGGAGGCAGGAAAGCUGGGAGGCUCGUACUUGUUGAGAAGUUGAAGGAGGUAAUGAUUUUUUGGAGAAAACAGCAUUCAAAGCAUUUUUUAACAAUCUGCCUUUUCAUCUGGGAUACUUAAACCAACAGUGAUGGUCUGUUUAGUCUGGGCUGUGAUUUUCAGCCGGCACCUGGAAAAGUCACCGUGUUCAAGAUGGUUUUGCUGAGGGAUUUCCCCUGGAUACGUAGGGAUGUUCCCUCUUGGUCACAGAAUGUCCCAUUUCCUUGGUCAAGAUCUUCUGGUCUGUGUUGGUGCUAAAUUACCAUGCUCCAUUAACUUUGUGCUGGGCAGUGAAAAUGGGGUCCUACCACCUCCUCUCCUCUUCUGUGCAGGGAAAGAAAAGAGCAGUGAUCUGUUUUACUUCCUUGUCCUACAUCCCAAGCAACACUCCAGCCCCAAGGGAGCACAGGACCCUGUCCAGCCCCCCACAUCCGUCACCAGGCAGCAUUUCAUAGUCCACAGCAGUCUUGCAGCCAUUUGUUCCCCUCUUGGCCCAAACCAUCCCCUUUCAACAUUUAUCAGAGAAAUGCUGAUGCUGGCAAUAUCCCAGAGGACACACACCAGCUGAGUGGCUCUGAGGGAUGCCACUGUCCUGGCCCUGCAGGUGAUGGCUGCACUGCUGGGGGACAGCCACCCCUGCCCAACCGUCUCCCACUGGUGUUGCAGUGUUUGGUAGGAAAUGCUGCUAUCAGCACUGCGACGCUCUCAGCCAGCAGUGCUGCACCACGAACAGAGCUGUCUAUGCCACCUUUUGCUGCCCCAGCUCAAUGCCAUGAAGGAUGUUAGUGUUUAGUGCUGAACGAGUGCUUGCUUGCUUGGCUGGACUGGGGCCUGAAAGUCAUGGCAGGAAAGCCUCUAACAAUGAAGGUAUUAUCCUGUUUCCUUUGAAAUCCAGUGGCAGAAUUCCCAGUGGGGGAAUUCCCAAUAGGAGAUUCCAGUAGAGCCCAAGUCUGCACCAUCAUGAAGCUGUGAGGCGUGAAGAUGUCCUUGGAGAAGAGCAAACACUCAGAGAAACAUGGAAGCAGCCACAGUACAUGGAGUCUCACUGCAGAAGUGGCAUCAAAGACCCCAUUCUGUCCCAGUUGUAACUGGGGGACACCACCAGUGCUGCCAGAACCAUACUGGUAGAGCCCUGGGAUUUUGGGGCAGAGCCCUGCUGGCAGUGUGAUGCCAAGGCAUCUUCUGCUGCAUCUCACACCCACAGGCAGUGAGCUCCUAUUCUGAUACGGCUCAUCUAAUGAAAGCUGAAGAGGAUAGGGGAUUUAUUUUGUCUUAAUGUAUAUAUUCACAUUGUAAAAGCAAUCCAAAAACAGCUCAGUGGUUCUCCGCAUGAUGCUGUCAAUUCCCACCACAGGGUAGAAUUUGUUGGUAGAAAUUAAAUGAAAUUAAAUUAAAACAGAAAAGCGUGGCUGCUGCUGAUGGGUACUACUGGGAGCCUUGAGAGCAGUGUGCAGUGUAGAAGCAUAGCAGGAGUGAACAGCCCCCAGUUCCUGGGUUUGCUUAUGUUUUGCAGCAUCCUUGCAGCCCAUUCUGCUGCACUGUUGCUCAUUCCCUGUCUCUCUAUGUCUGUAUUGUGAAAAUUUUGGGAAAUAGCCAUGGGCACCACAUUCAUCUUUUUCGCCCCCUUUUUCCCCCAUCAAAUUAAUCCCUUUUGUUAGGAUGUAUAUGGUAGGUAAGGGGCGUUUCCAAACAGCAGAUUCUCAAGUUUUUCAUUAAGGAAUUUCUGAAGAGCUUUGGUGAAAUGAGAGGUAAUUGCCAUCUUUGGGAAUAAACUGUAGUAUAAAACAUAUAUAGGAGCCUGAAUACAGGGCAGAAUAUAGUUCAUUUUGAGGAGUCUGCUUAGGACUGAGCAAGCAGAAGAGUCUACGCUUUGCAGUAGGAACUUAAAGUCUGGUUCAAGGCUCAGUUUUUCACUGGUUGUUGUGGUGGAAUCACAGAAUCAUGGAAUAUCCCGAGUUGGAAGGGACCUGUAAGGAUCAUUGAGUCCUACUCCCAGAAACAGCAUCUGUUCUAUGGAUAGGCAUUCUAUUAUGAGGAAUGCCCCCUCCCUGCAAGUACUCAAGGCCAGAUGGAUGGGGCUGUGAGCAACCUGGUCUAGAGGGAGGAGUCCCUUCCUAUAGCAGGGGGUUGGAUCUAGAUGAUCUUAAAGGUCCCUUCCAACCCAAACCAUUCUAUGAUUCUAUUAUGUAAUGGCAUUAUUUAAUUCAGCAGUUCUGUAAGAGUGUGUUGGAAUGGAAGGCGGCACAAAGUGAACUGCUCCUGAAAUGACACUGCUGUUGGCUGAGCCCUUGGAUUUGUUCCUUGUGCAAUGAACACGUGCAGUGCCAUGGGCCAUGCAGAGGCAGGAGCUGCCGCCCUGCAUCCCGUGCUGCCAGGAGUGGGGCUUUGUCAGCACUGGGAAAUAGGGGUGAAAAAAAACCUGACCCCAACCCUCCUUCCCUGUGCAAUACUGACUGCUCGUGUACGUGGCUGUGUUUUCAGAGCUUGUGAGCUUGUGAAGCUGUUCCCAAUAGCUGCUUGCUUUUCUUUCUGGUGAACAGGUCCUCAUCUGUGCAAACCCUUACAGCAAUCAUCCUAUCUCAUUUUUUCCCCCUAUAAAUUUUAUUUUCUUAAGAGUCCUGCUCUAUACUGCCUAGCAAGUUCUGAUCCACCGAUUGACAGAUUUAUCUUCCUUGUCCGACUGUUUCCAAUUCCAAAGCCUGAAGAUCAAAACCAAGUUGCAUAGUGAGACCUGAGGGUGAGCAGAAAUGCUGUUUUGUUUUUCCUCAGAAACCACUCAGUUCCAAAUCCUGACUCAUUUAGGGCACGGUCCUGGUUAGUGAGGGGGGUCUGAGGCUGAAGGAGAGGAAGAGGAGCCGGCUGCACAUGCUGCUAUCCCUCCAGUGAGGGAGGAGGAAGAACCAGUUUGGGAGUCCUAAGAGAUGCAUGGACAAGUUUUCACUCUUGUGUGUGAAAUCAGUCUAUGCAGGGACAUGAGUGGUUCCAAACCAACCCAGAGCUGCUUAAAAAUGUCAGUGAUAUUAAAAAGUUGGGAUGGAAUAACACCCUCAGGGCACGGCACAGACAAAAAGUAACUCAGAGGCGCUCCAAUUUUUAGCUAUCAGCCCAGACCCAUCUUCAGGGCUGGAUUUCUUCCACCAAAAUGCCAUCAGUCUCAGAAGCACCUCAUUGUUGUUGGGGUCUGCCAGUCUGCUGGGGGAAAGCAAAAUCGGGGACUCCUAAAGGCUGAUUCUUAAGUUGGAUCUGGUGAGCUUCAAAAUCAUCUGUUUGUAAACAACUCUUUGAUAGCGGUUGGCUGUAGAAAGUGGCCGUGCAUGUGGGGGUCUCCAUCUGGUCAGGCAGGUAAUCCAUCCCGUCUCAUACCCCUCAUUUUCCACCGAGGCACAUCCUGAGGGAGGAUUUUAGAUCAGACUGUACCCUUUGCAGCAGAACUCUAUAUUUCCUCUCCGUAUGUACAGCUCCUAGCACGACAGGACUCUGAUUGGAGCCUUUGUGUGCUGCUCUCACACUCAGAGCGUAUAAUAGGAAUAAUGUAAUUAAAAUGUCAUUGCAGUUCACCCUUAGCAUAAUGAUUGCGUGGCUGUACUCUGUCACCUGUGGAUAAAGUCAAUGUCCUUUUUGUAUCAUAGGGAGUAUAUUUUAUUAUUGAAGAAACAGUUUAAUUUUUAAGAUUAAAUUAAAAAGUAUCUGCUUAUUGUUUCGUUUUAAGCCUAAAUAAGCAAAUGUUUUGUAGCCUUCAAACGAGUAUGUGUUAAUUGAAGAAAUCCAUCUUCCUGAAUUGGAGCUGUUUAUAGUCCGAUAUUCCGGGAGUGAUUAACACUUGGUAAUUUGAAUAAAAUUGGUUUAUUUUCUCA